AUGGACAAAAUUGCGAAAUCUGAAGAAAGAUCACUUAGUGAUGAACAAAAUCAGUUAAUUUCUAUUGUUGGGGAAAAUGAAAGGCUAAGAAUUCAACUAUCAAAAGUUCAAGAUGAGUCAUAUGGAAAAACUUUACAAAUAAAUGGGCUAAAAUCUCAAAUAGAAACUCUCCAAUCGAAACUUACAAAAUCCAGUGUCGCUGAUGUUAAUUCAAGCCUUAUCGAUCCAGAAAUGAACACUAUAAAAGAACAAUAUAGAGAAAUUCAGCUCCAGAUUUCACAAAAAGAAAAAGAAUUAGAAGAAUUGAAAUCAGAACACCAUCAAGCAUUAAAUAAUAAAGAAAAAAGGAUAUACUAUUUUAGAGAAAUUAGAUUUAUAAUAAAAAUUUUAUAGUAAAAAUGGUAUUUAUUAGAAAAGAAAUAAUAUAUUUAGAAGGGAAAUUAAUAGGCUUGGCAAGGAUAGAAAAAGAAAAAGUUGAGCUUGAGAAAAAAAUUAAAGCUUUAAUUGAAGAAAAUAGUGCGAUUCAAAGAGAGCUGGAAAAGGUAAAUAAAGUUUCGAAAGAAUUGGAAGAUGAGAUUAGCAAAAUCUUAAACCUAAAUUACUUAUAGAAAGUCCUAGGCAGACACAAAGGGGCACUCCUCGCCCCACAUAGUGCUCCACCACUUCCUCCUAGUCCGGUGUACCUUACACUGUGUUUCUCCUCAUGGAAGAGGGCUUGCAAUCGCUAGCUGAGAAAUAGAGACGCUGGUUUACAAUGUGUUAUGUCAACGGAGUUGAUCUUUCCUAAAGAAAAAUCGAAUUCUCUAGUAGAGCUGUCGACCAAAAUGAAAUCUUUAGCCCAGGAUGAAACUCCUGGUUCGUGCAAGGGAUUUGCCCAAUUGGCAAAGCGACGGCCUCUGGCCUUGCUGGGCCUCCCCUUUCUAUCUCCUGAGCCAUCUUCCACAAGGUAAAACCUUGACCUGAAUGUAAGCAUUUGGUCAGCUAAACCCGACAUUGCGCUCUACCAAAACAAAUAAAACCUGGCCAGAUGCAUAUUUCCGAACGCUUUCCUCCUUCCACAAGGUCCCCGGCUUUUUCAAUGAACUUCCCUGCUACAAAUGUUAAAAGCACUGGUUCACCACGCUAUUUUAAUGCAUAUGAUUAGCGAACAUCAAAACAAAAAUGAAGAAAUUGAAUCAGAAACAGAGAAGCCAAAAAUUGAAGAGGUCACAGAAAUAGAAAAUAGGCCAAAUCUCGAAGAAAUUUUAAAUGAAAUUGCGAAGCAAAAAGAAAUAAUAAAAGAGCUUAAAGAAAAAAUUUUAGAGGCCGAAAAAGAACUGAAUCAAAAAAAUACUCUUUUGGAGCAGCAAAGUUCUAAAAUAAAUGAGCUUACCUUAUCCCUAAAUUCUUAUAAAGAAUUAUGCACAAACUAUCAAAAGCAAAUCCUUGAGAUCACCCAUUCAGAGGAAGAAAAAAAUUCAAUUUUACAUAGAAAUUCCACCCUCUCAGCUGAUAAUGAUAAGCUCUUAUUAGAACUUUCUACGAAAUCUCAGACUAUUGACGAAUUAAAACAAAUAAACUCAAAGCUGACUGAAGAUAUGGAAAGAUCAUCGAAAACCCAAAACUCAGACGAAAUUUAUCAACUAAAAAUGAAAAUUAUGCUUCUACAAGCAGAAAUUGAAAAUAAAGAAUCCCAGCUUGAAAAAUCCUGAAAAGAAAGAAUAAUUCAUAAAGAAAGAGCAGACAGCUUAGAAAAAUAUUUUCAAGAUGAAAAAUCAGACCAUAAAAAAGAAAUGCUAUUUCUCCAAACAAAAAUCGCGAAAUUAGAUGAAGAUUAUAAAGCAAAUCAGCUGCAGACAUUAAGCUUAACAGAAUAUAUCAAUAAAAUAGAAUUUUCCCUUGAAAAUAAUAAGAAAAAAUUAGAAAAAAAUAAAGAAAAAUUAAAACAAAUGAAAAGGAAAAAUAAAACAAAUGAAGAAGAUUGCAGAAAUAUGAAUGAAAUAAUUUCGCAAUUAAGUGAAGAAAAAGCAAAGCUGGAAACAAUAAAUAAAAAAAAUGAAAAUAAAUAUAGAGAAGAUUUCAAAAAAAAUGAAGCUGUUAUUAAACAGCUUUCAACAAAAAUAAAUAGCUUAGAAGCAAAAAUUUCAGAACAAAGCACAAUUUUAGCUUCAAAAGACCAAUUAAUUUCAGCUGCAAAUAAGCAAAUUAAUAUUUUUAAAAAAAGGACAAGCAUUCAGCAUGGAAAUUCAAAUAAAAAUUUUGAAGAGAAAAUUGGUGCGCAGAAUAGGAGGAUUGAGGCUUAUGAAUCGCAAAUAAAAAUGCUUAAAGAGAUGGUUAAAGGUCUGCAAAAUGAUGUAAAAACGAAAACACAAGAAAUUAUGAGAUUUAAAAAAUCGAGAUCAGAGCAUGUUUCUCCACAAAUGCUUGUGACUAAAAAUAGAAUCCCAGAAUUCUCACCGUAUAGAUUUAUGGAUAAAAACCCAUACUUACUUAGUUACUUAGUUACAUAGUUUUUAAGGUGUCUAGUGCCCACACCCCUUAAUUAAAAAGGGUCAAAGCGACAACUAGUGACGUCACCAAGCCAUCUUGGAAUAUGUGGUCAGCCCACACCCAAGCCUUCUAUGAGGCUAGUCGCCAGAUAAAUCGCCGCACAUCUCACCGGCGCGUUGCCGUCGCUCGUCCAGACUCAGCUCCUGCGCGUGUUCCGCCUAAGGGUCAUCCUCCCGUGGGGACGUGCUGAGAGGUAAAACUCCGAAAUCUUGAGUGCACUGAGGAGUCGUGCCUUUGGUUAUCCCCAAAGUUAAACGACUAUUGCUGUGCAGAAGUUCUCGAGAGAAAACCCAACCCCAUAAAUAAAAUUCCAUGAGGGAGAGAAAAUUGGCAGAGCCAAUUUCUCUCGAACCGAAUGCCAUUUUAUUUAUGAUAAAAACCCAUACGGCCAAGAUACUUUUAAGCUUAUAAUACCUGAUCUUGAGGAGUUGAACAGAGAAUCACCGUUUGUGAGAAGGAAAAAUGCAGUGAAUAUUUUUAAAAUAACGUCUCCAAUAAAACAAAAGUCAAAAAUUGAUCUUAGAGCAAGUAAUGAUUUUGCUAUGAGCAAAGGAGAAUUAAUGUAA